AUGAUCACCACCAAUGACCUUAUUGAUAUCUGGUGCCGACUUAUAAAACUGGACACCCUUCCGCAGGACAAACCCUCAGGUUCGCUGGAAUCGGUGCUACGAUAUCGUCUACAGAUAUGGCGCGCUGUCGAGGAUCUCUUCACCUCACUAAUAUUAGAUUCGAGCCACGAGGAUGUCUCAAACGAGAGCAUACUCGAAGGCGAUAAUGUUGUAGCUACUGGACAUGCAGGUGGCAAAAGCGACGAUCCUAUUGGGGCCGUUAAUCCCUCGAAAAAUCGUUUAGAGCAAGAAACUUUAUCAAAAGGAGCUGAUUCAACGCUGCAAAGGGUCUCUUAUUCUUUAAUUGAGAUUUUGCUCUCUGAAAGCAUUGAGAUUCGAUCAUCCCCUAAUCCAUCUAAAUUUGGAAAAACUUCCUCGUCAACUGGUCCGUCGUCGAUACGUUCAUCCUUCUCCUUAAAGUCGAUUCCUACGGCUUUACCAAACGUUGCAGACGCACCCGCUUCCCUUCAAUCACUUUCUGAAUUCAAAGAGUCUCAAACUUCUCUUCGUUCUGCCGCUAUUCCUUUGGCCCAAUCUGUCAGCUUUGUAGGAGCACUUGACACCCCUAAAUUAUUUUCCACUGACCGUUUUGGGGAUCAGCCAUCUGGUUCCUUUGAUCUUGGAUUAACUUCUCAAGGUAGUGCUCCGCCAAUCACUCCCAACCCUGUAUCUAUUUCGUCUACUCACGGCCUUGUCGCGAAUAUUUCAACUCUUGACAGCUCUGCUCCAGUUGGCAGCGUCCAGUCGCAUAGCUCGUCCACGACCUUGCCUAGUGUUGGAUCUCCACCUGUCAACACUAAGAGACCUCUCCCUGAAGGAUGCAUCCCAUCAUCGACGGCACCUACUUGUAACCUCUCUAACAAUCUAUUAAAGGCAGCUUCUACACAUUUCAAACAGUCCGAUUCUGAAGAUGCAAUUACUGCAGAAGUGGCUCCGAUUACUAAAUCGUUAGUUAUAGAGGCGGCAAAGGCUGAAACAUCUCCUCCCAGCUUAACUGAACAAACCUUAAGCUCCGUCUGGCGUGUCGAAUCUGAUCAGAAGACCAGUUGUUUUGAUCAAGAAAAAGACACUGCUCCAGGACCACCAGCCAGCCUUAGAGAGACUGAUGACUUAUCUUCGUGA